CGCGUUAAUACAUAAUAAAGAUAAAUCAUUGAAAUUUGUUUUCGAGUGCAAUCCAGUAGGUGGCGAUGAACAACAUUCCGUCUGGAAGGGACAGGAAGUCAGAAAAUGGCGAGUUCCGGGUCAGGGCUGUGAGAUUCUCAGUUCUUCACCAUACAUUUCACCCUGCUGCUGCUUUAAGGAUCUUCUCCAACCAUGUCUGCUGACAUCAUGAAAGACCCCUCUGUCGUGUUCAUCCGUGGCCCUGGUGAUGGCAUGGAGACGGCCAAACCUGCGCCGAGCCUGGAGAUGUCCGUGGAGACUCUGCCUCUAAAGAUAUCUCUACCUCGACAGUGUCCCAGGACAGCGCUGGUGUCCCCUGGUGUCCUUCACCUGGGAAAAGUGAGCAGGGACUCUUGCACCGAGGUGGAGGCCGUGCGUAUCAUCGUACCACGUGCCGCCAUCGUCCGUAGCGCCCGAGCCGGUGCCCACGCUGACAGCAAGACGGACGAAAGAGGAUCAGGGUCUCCCCACCACGGUGAGGAUCGUCCCCCGUCGCCUUCCUCAGAGCCACAGGACUUUAAGAGCGUUGUGGAGAAGCUGCAGAACUCUGAGCGCAGGCUGCUGCAGGACAAAGAGGGGCUUUCAAACCAGCUGCGUGUUCAGACCGAGGUAAACAGGGAGCUGAAGAAACUCCUUGUGGCCUCAGUAGGCGACGACUUGCAGUAUCACUUCGAGCGAAUGUCGCGGGAGAAGAACCAGCUCAUUCUGGAGAACGAGGUUCUGGGCCGCAACCUGGCGCAUACGGCCGAGCAGCUGGAGCGCAUGAGCAUUCAGUGUGACGUGUGGAGGAGCAAAUUCCUCGCCAGCCGAGUGAUGGCUGAGGAGUUGACUAAUGCCCGAGCUGCUCUCCAGCGACAGACCAGAGAGGCCCAAACUGCCAUUCAGGACCUGCUGCGUGAGAGAGAGGAGUUCUCCCGAGACAUGAUGCACACACACAGAUCUCUGGAGCAGCUUCUAGUCUCGUUACAGUGGGGUAGACAGCAAACCUACUACCCCAGCGCACAGCCGCUCAGCACCGGAGAACUGGCUGCGGCCAAUCACAAGCUGGCCGACGCCAUCAACUCGCACCUGCUGGGAAACAUAAGCAAGAGCGGCGCGAGCGUGAAGAGCGGUUCGGCUUCAGAACUCUGCAACACACCGGCUGAGAAGAUGGCUGAAAAGGUACUGAGGAUUCUGGAUCCCAUAUCCUGCCCGGACACCGCGGACGACUCGGGAACUAGCGACUCCAGCGCUUCUCCUUUCCUUCCCAAUAAGAAAAGCAUCGGACGUUUCCACCCGUACACUCGCUAUGAGAACAUCACCUUUAACUGCUGCGAGCGCUGCACUGGCGAGCUGAUCGUGCUCUAAGACAAUCUCACAUUAAAGCAAUACACCAGUGUUUUUUUUGUUGUUUUUUAAAAAUAUUUAUUUAUUUUUGAAACCCAGUGUCUACUUACUGCAUCUGUAUGAAAUUCAAUUUGUGCUGAAGUAUUGAAAAACGCUCUGAAACUGCAACUCGGUGGCAAAAAUCUAACAUCCAUCCAUCCAUCUUCUACACCGCUUAUCCUACAGAGUCGCGGGGAACCUGGAGCCUAUCCCAGGGAGCAUGGGGGACAAGGCGGGGGACACCCUGGACUGGGUGCCAAUCCAUCACAGGGCACACUCACACACCCAUUCAUACAAAUUUUGGGAGAGCGUCCUGGAUGCGGUUCUCUGUUUUUUACUUUGCAGUGGAAAUGACUUUCUUAAUUUUUUUGGAGGUUUGGGUAGUCUCAUGACUAUUUUUUUUUUAGAUGAGCUCUCAGGAGCGACACGCAGCAGCGUCAUCGUCGUUAUAGUCAUAAUCCUCCUCCUCAGCUGGACCCUCCAGCUGUCGAUCCAAAUCUCUCUAGCCCAUGAGAGUAAAUCACUAUUAAGCCCCGCCCACACGGGAGAGUAGUGCCAGGAUGUAAACGAAGACUCCCUCAGCAGAGCAUUCAUAAAGCAUGAUUAGGGAAAGGAAGCUUAUUGUUUAUUUGAAGACCACGUUCAAGUUUUGCCUCCGAGUUCACUGUGUUCGUUUCUUGAAAAGUUACGUUCAGUACUUUUAGCACAAGUUUACUUCUAUUAACAGUCGUGCCCAAAAGUUUGUAUACCCCAUUGCAUUAUCUGUUAACAAAAUAAGACGGAUGAUAAAAAUCCCAUGUUUUGUUAUUUAGUCCUGGUACAUUAAGAGCCAGGGGGGUGUAAAUUUUUGAACAGGAUGAUCAGUGUAAAUUAUUUUGUUUAAAGAUCUUUUUUUUUUUUUUUUCAUGUAGUACUGCCCUUCAGACGCUAAAUAACAUCUCACGUCUCCCAGAAGACAAAAUACUAACAAUUUACACCCAUCAUCCUGUUCAAAAGUUUACACCCCCCUGGCUCUUAAUGUACCGUGUUGCCUUCUUGAGCAUCAGUGAAUGUUUGCACCUUUUGUAAUAGUCGUGUACGAGUCCCUCAGUCGUCCCCAGUGUGAACAGAUGGAUCUGAACAUCAUAUAGUCGCUGUUGGAAAGGAGUAAAAUACGCAGAAUAUGCUGGAAAAGUAAACAACUCUCACAAAACAUAAACACAGUCUCUGAUCAUCCAGGUAACGACACGCAGGAUUAAUAAUCAAGGGUGUGUAAACUUUUGAACGGGGUAAUUUUUAUAAAUUCAGCUAUUGUCUUGAGGAUUAUAUGUAAACAUCUGUUAUGUGUAAUAGUUUAUUCAGGACGGAACUAAAUAAACAACAACAUGGGAUUUUUAUCAUCCGUCUUAUUUUGUUAACAGUAUCAAGAUUGAACAGAUUCCGCAAGGGGUAUACAAACUUUUGGGCACAACUGUACAUCUGUAGUGUUUGUGAUGACUACGAACAAGAACUUUGACACUUUUGCUCGCACAGAGUCGAGACUGUUUUCCGUUCUUCUCCCAGUGUCGUGUUGUUUAGAAACACUACAGAUGUAAUAUAAGAAGAGAUUAGGUUUAAAAAGAAAAAAGAAAAAACCACGGGGGUUUCCCUUUAAUGACACGUUCUGUCACACUUCCUGUUUUCUUUUCUCGUUAUCUUGGGUUUAUUUUUUUUUUUUUUCUUCAGUCUAGAUCUGUGAUACUAAUACAGUUGAGUGCGAAAGUUUGCAUACCCUCAGGAAUGUCUGCACGUCUCGUCAGGAGACAGACAUGUGUUGUGUUAGGAUGUUACAUUACCACAGGUCAGAUAGUGUUCAUCGUGUAUAGUAAGUUCUUCGUUCUGAACGUGAAUAAUAAUGUAAAUAUUCUUUAAUAAUG